CAACCCAUCCAAGGCAAGGUGAAAAGACGUAAUUGCUCGUCAGCGCUCAAGUUAAAAACAUUUCCGUACGCCCAUAAAAGCCAAAACACAGAGUCCGUGCUUAAAAGCAGUGAGCAAAGUUAGCGAAGAAAAAGUUCUGCACACAGACAGCCAAAGACAUCAAAGAGUGCAUCGAUCUCUUAGCCAAAAGUGAAUUUUGGUGUUGAAAUUCUAGUGCAAUUGAAACCAGUUGUUUCCAGUGUUAUUUUCCUCCAGUCAUGGCCACGUCAUUUGCAAACUUUUCUUUUGAGCGACUAUCGCAACAAAUGGGUGCAAAAUUGGAUCCUCGGCUGCGCCAACAUCUGUCCAAAGUGUACGGCUGUUUGGCCGCCACCUGCAGCACGGCCACGGUCGGUUCGCUCAUACAUCUGUCCGGCAUCUGGGAGGCCGGCCUGCUGAGUGCGUUCGCGUCCCUCGGGCUCAUCCUCGGAAUGGUGUUCACCCCGGACAAUGGUAAAAACUUCGUGCAGCGGUUCAGCAUGCUGAUGGGCAUCGGGCUGUUCACGGGCCAUUCGCUCGGCCUGCUGCUCGAGCAGGUCAUCUACAUGAAUCCGGCGAUCGUCGUGACGGCGCUGGUCGGUACGACGACCAUCUUUGCCUGCCUGACCGCCUCCGCCUUCUUUGCCAAGCGCGGCAAGUACCUGUACCUCGGCGGCAUUCUAAUGAGCGCCCUCAGCACGAUGGCCCUGAUCAACCUUGGCAAUCUUUUCUUCCGCUCGUACAUCGUGCAAGACAUUUCCCUCUACCUCGGGCUGAUCGUGAUGGCCGGGUUCGUCCUGUUCGACACGCACAUGAUCAUGGAGAAGCACCGCCUGGGCAGCAACGAUUUCAUCGGCCACUCGCUGGAUCUGUUCUACGAUGUGAUUAGCAUUUUCCGCCGCCUGCUUGUGAUUCUCGCCCAGCGGGAGGAUAACAACGAGCGCCGAAAGCGAAAGAGCAACUAAAAACCGCAAACCCCAAAGCUAAAACCACCGAAGAGCAGAGAUAGCGUGUGUGUAAGAGAGCGAGAGAGCAAGUGGUCACAAUCUAAAUACCCUUGCUUCUCGGUGGGUCCUCACAGCCUACUUGUUUUUCCGUUGCUCUAAGUUUGAACAGGGCCAGUGCUUGUUUUUGUUCUUUGCCCCACCGCAUGCAAUACAAUAUCAUGCCAAAAUGGUUGUGUGCGAUUAGGCACGCAUAUCUUUA